AUGUUAUUUUUCGUCGUCGCCCUAACAUGGCUGGCAUUAUGCGACGGCGACUAUGCACCGGAAUAUUCGUCAGUAGCCGGUACUUCUGGGGAAUUUUUCAAGAUAUUGGUGAAGAGAGCCGCAGACAAUAACCUCUGCCAGUUGCCACCAGACACUGGCAGUUGUAGUCGACAACUGAUCAGAUACUACUACGACCCAAAGGAUGACGAGUGCAAACGAUUCAACUACUCGUAA